CACAUAAUCAAGCCCCCAAGUGCCCCAAGUGCCCCAAGUCUUAGACCAAAGUCCUAAUUGAUCCACUAUUCCAAUUCACUAUUCGUGUCGCGUCUCGUUUCGUUCGAUGGGACAUUUCGAUUUCUAGCCAGGUCAUCAUCUAGACGAAGCCAAUACCAACUAUCUACUUGCCAAUUCACCACGUUCCUUACCUGAACCUAAAAUUUAUUCGUUUACCAUCUUAUAAUCGACAAUGCUCGGCACUCUCGUUGGUUUAGCCAUGCUGGUGGCCGCCUCCGUCGUCUUUCUCUACUAUUCGAUCUGGACGUUGGCUAUGCCCUUCGUCGAUUCAGACCACCCUCUCCACAACUUCUUCCCGCCGCGGGUCUGGGCUAUUCGUUUACCUGUUAUCCUUAUCCUACUCGGAUGCGCCGUUGUCGGCUCGUUCCUGAGCGUCGUCAUGAUCCGUAGCAACAGGAAGAAGGCUGCUAAGGCCAAGGCCGCAGCAUCUAAGAAGAAGGCGUAGAUGGUAUUUGGCUUCGAAAAUUGGGAAACACGUACUCGACAUACAUGGAGAAAUUAGGCAAAGUUGGGCUUAGUUGGACUUAGUUGGACUCUAGUUAUGACAUUGCAAGCGUUGCCCCUGAGCCAGCUGGCUGAUCUAUGUUGCUAAAUCUACAUAAUAAUAAACCCCUAAUGGUAAAAAAUGAACAAUAAUCAAUACAGU